ACAGUUGCUUCACCGAUAUUAUUGUCUCUUUUACCCUACUGCUUCAGAUUCAUUAAUAUCCCCAAAUUCUAAUUCUAUUGGGUUUUUUAGAGUUCCAGUUUCCUCUAUAUAGUGGGUUUCAUCCAACAGUUUAUUAGCCACAAAUCCUGCAUAAUCAAGAUCAAAUCUUUGCUUUCUAAACAUAUAUUAAACCCAAAGUAUUCCCCUUUUUUUCAAGAAAGAAAAGUUCAAUCGUCUGAUUCUGUUUCUGGGCUUCUCUUCCUCGAUCUGUGUGUUUCAGGUCUGCAAUUUGAUAAUAUGGGUAAGGUAACGGUGGCAGCAACGGUGGUAUGCGCCGCUGCUGUUUCUGCGGCUGCUGUUUUGGUGGUGCGCCAUCGGAUGCGGAACUCCGGAAAGUGGGCAAAGGCGAUGGAUAUACUCAGGGAGUUUGAGGACAAGUGUGGGACUCCGAUUGCGAAGCUCCGGCAGGUUGCUGACGCCAUGACUGUCGAGAUGCACGCCGGACUUGCCUCCGAUGGCGGCAGCAAGCUCAAGAUGCUAAUCAGCUACGUUGACAACCUCCCUUCUGGGGACGAAAAUGGAAUUUUCUAUGCUCUUGAUCUUGGUGGAACAAACUUCCGUGUCCUCCGUGUGAAAUUGGGAGGAGUUGGUAAUGUGAAGAAAGAAUUUCAAGAAGUUUCAAUUCCUCCAAAUCUCAUGAUUGGCAAAUGCGAAGAAUUAUUUGAUUUUAUUGCUGGAGAACUUGCAAAAUUUGUGGCUACAGAAGGAGAAGAUAUGCAAAUUCCACCUGGCACUCAACGGGAACUUGGAUUUACCUUUUCAUUUCCUGUGAAACAAUCAUCAAUUGCAGGAGGGACUCUUGUUAGGUGGACUAAAGGCUUCAACAUUGAAGAUGCAGUUGGACAAGAUGUUGUUGAUGAGUUGACAAAAGCAAUGGAAAGGAUUGGCCUUGAUAUGCGUGUUUCUGCUUUGGUGAAUGAUACAGUUGGAACUUUAGCUGGAGGAAGAUACAGUAAUCCAAAUGUGAUUGCUGCAGUUAUUUUAGGAACUGGAACAAAUGCUGCAUAUGUGGAAAGAGCAAAUGCAAUCCCAAAAUGGCAAGGUCUACUUCCUAAAUCAGGAGAAAUGGUUAUAAAUAUGGAAUGGGGAAACUUUCGGUCAUCACAUCUUCCUUUGACCGAGUUUGAUGAAAGCCUUGACAAUGAUAGCUUAAACCCUGGAGAACAGAUAUUUGAGAAGAUAAUUUCGGGAAUGUAUUUGGGAGAAAUCGUGAGGCGAGUCUUGUUGAAAAUGGCUGUAGAAGCCGAGUUUUUUGGUGAGACUGUUCCAUUGAAACUGCAAAAGCCCUUCAUAUUAAGGACACCGGAUAUGUCUGCAAUGCAUCACGACUCCACCCCUGACCUCAAAGUGGUUGCAACCAAGUUGAAAGACGUUCUUGAGAUAACCAACACUUCUCUAAAGAUGAGGAGAGUGAUCGUGGAGGUGUGCGAAACCGUGGCAACGCGUGGGGCCCGUCUGUCGGCUGCUGGAAUCCUAGGAAUCCUCAAAAAGAUCGGGAGAGACACAGUGAAGGAAGGAGAAGAAAACCAGAAAUCCGUAAUAGCAAUGGACGGUGGGCUGUUUGAACACUACACAAAGUUCCGGAAGGCGAUGCAAACUGCAAUGGAUGAAUUGUUAGGUGAAGAAGCUUCUAGAAACAUGAUAAUCGAGUUGUCAAAUGACGGAUCUGGCCUUGGUGCAGCUCUUCUUGCAGCUUCGCAUUCUCAGUAUCGCGAAUACAUCGAGUCUACAUAGACUUGUAAUUUUUGUAGAUUUAUUCCGUUUUUCGUGUUAUGGAACCGAGGAUUUUUUUUGUCUUUUUGUUCUUUUCUUUUUUUAAAUGAUAUGUGUUUGCAAGAGGCCCCCCGUAAGUUAUGGGGGAUGUGACAUGUGAGGGUAAGUUUGGUGACUAGACCCAUUCACAUGGGGUUGUAUGUUGUUUUAAGAAGAUAUCUUAGGGAAUAAAGCAAGCAAGGUGUUAGAACAUUGUAUUUUGGAAGGUGAUGGGAGUUAUUAAAACCCUCUAUUUUGCUUUCUUUACAA